AUGUGGCGAAGCGAUUUGGUGGCGGUGGCGAGGAAGGGGCACGCAACGAGUGGAGCGGUGAGGCGUGUGUGGGUGGGUGGCGGAGCUGAGAGACGCACAGACAUCGCGUGGUGGCGGGCGUGGUGGGGUAGAGAAGGUGGGGAGGCCGCGGAAGCAAUCGAGGGGUGGAAUAUCGAGGGGCUGGAUAGGCGGUACUGCCACGUGCGGCGCUGCCGCACCACGAGCUGCCAGAAGCCCUUCUCCCACAGGUGCCCUCCGCCCCCACCCCCACCCCUCCCUCCUCCAAUUGGGCCGCCUUCCCCGCCCUGCCCACGGCCCGCCAAUGGCUCUAACAGCUUGCGCGCGGCACCGCUCUUCACCGCGCUGCUUUCCACCAAAGAGACCUCGCCACUCUCGCACCUCGACCCGCCUUCGCUUGCAUGCCAUGCGUGCGCUCGUGAGCCCCCACCUCCCAUGCCCACUCCUUCCAUGCUCCCCGCAACACCCCUCCCCUCUCUCAACGCCCUUGCACUGCCGCCCCCUCCACUCACCUCCACCAACCGCCUCUGCUUCACCGGACUCACUGCUGCCGCCAUGCCCGCCUCCACCCUCCCCUCUCAUCCUCCGCCUCCUCUUCUCCCCCCUCGCUCCUACCGCCCGCCACUCGUCACCGCUGCUGUUCGCACUGCCACUGCUGGUGCUGCCAGCACACCCACCGCCACCACGUGGGGCAGCAGCGCUGCCAUGAGCACGGGGCGAGGGGGCAGCAGCGCCAGCAGCAGCGCCUGGCAAUGCGCCCUUCCUGGGAGCCCAGCGGCUUGGCAACAUCCUCCCUCGCACAGCACACACACCACCACUGCCCGCUUCAGUGCCUCCACCAGCUGGUGUCGACGCACAUCCCCGCCACUAUCACCUCCCCCCCCUGCACCCGCUGCUGCUGCUACCGCCGCUCACCUGAUGAUGCAUCACAUGGUGCGCACCCCACCUCACUCGCAUCUAGUGCCCUCUCCCCACGCGCAUCCACUCGCCACGCCACUCGCCGCUUCCUCCAUCUACCCUGCGCACGCCAUUGCAGGCGCCACCACCCCCCUCACACCCCCACCCGCCCUUCCACCCCUGCCUGCACGCACCGCCCCUUCCACGCCCUCCCCUCCCCCCUCACCUCUUUCCUCCUCACCUCCCCACUCACCUUCCCCUUCACCUCCAUCCCCUCGCACCUUCACUCCUCCCUCUCUCCCUUUCUCUGUUCCUCCCUCUCUCCCUUUCUCUGUUCCUCCCACUCUCCCUUUCUCUGUUCCUCCCUCUCUCCCUUCAUCCAUGCCUUUUCCCUCGCUUCCCUCCUCUCCGUCCUUCCCUCUUUUCCUUCCCUCUAACCUCCUCCCCUUCAUCCCCUCCUUCCUCCACUCCUCCCUCCCCUCUUCCCUCCCCAUGCCCCUCCCCACUUUCUUCCCCAUUUUCCUCCCCACUUUCCUCCCCACUUUCGUCCCCACUUUGCUCCUUUCCGUCCUCCCCUCUUUCCUCCCCACUUUCCCCCCUUCUUUCCUCUCCUCUUUCCUCCCCUCUUUCCUCCUCUCCGUCCUUCCCUUCUUCCUCCUCUCCUCCAUCCCUUCUUCCAUCACUUUCCUUUUCUCUUCCCUCCCUUUGUCCCUCCCCACUCUCCUCCUGUCUGGCUUCCCCUUCUUCCUCCUCUCCUACCCUUAUUCUCUCCUCCCCACUUUCCUCCCUCCUUUCCUCCUCUCCUACCUCCCCUCCUUCUUCCCUUCCCUCCUCUCUUCCCUCCUUUGUCCCUCCCCGCCUUCCUCCUCUCCUCUUCCCUCUUCCUUCCUCCUCUCCUACCUCUCCUCUUUUCUUCCCUUUUUCCUCUUCUGA